AUGAGAUGCACACGCAAACCCUCCUGUGGCUGGGACCUACACACGCCCCACAUAUGCCUCAAAGAGGCCUCCGGGCUAGCGAAGGACGAAGAAAACCCAGGGGCGGGCACCGUGACGGGGAACGCUUUCGGGAGGACGCCAAUGCAGCCCCCUCCGAGGGGUGAGUCCCACCGGCACGGCCCGGGAGGCCCUCAGGACCCGCGGGGCCGCGUUGCCGCCGGCAGCGCCUGGCUGAGGGCAGCGGCGCGCAGCCCGAGGCGGGGCCCUGGCGGAGGGGUCCUGCCGGCGGGCCAGGCGCAGUCUCAGCCGCGCUCCCCGGGUUGCCCGCACACGGGUCACGGCGGCGGGAACAGGGAGGAGGGGCGGCCGCAGCGUCGCCACCGCCGCGGGCUGCGCACCCGCGCCAAGGCUCCCCUCGCCACCACCGGGCCGGCCCGGGCGCACCGAGGGAACGCGGCGACAACCCUCGGGCCGCGCCCUGGGGCACCGUCACCGCCCUCCCACCGGCCGGAGCUCCUCGCAGGCGCCGCCGGCGGCUCCUCCCAGCCCCGGCCCCUGCCGGUGCCCCUCGCCGCGCCCCCAGGGCGCUCUCCCAAGCGGCCGCUGGGCGCCCCCUGCCCUCCGCCGCGCCCCGUCCCCUCAGCGCCCGGGGAGGGAGGAACGGCGGUAACGCCGUCCAUGCCAGCCCGGUGGCUCGGACCGCCAGGGCCCCGCCGCUCUGAGCUGCAGAGCUGCGGGCGGCCACCCGCCAGUAGCGGCCGGGGACAGCCCUCGCCGGUGGAAGGCCAAGCGGCCGGAGCAGGAGUGCGGCGGCGGUCACUCACCUGCCUGCGACAGCCCCCGCCGCGCCGCCAGCCCCGCUCUGUUCGGGUGCGGUGUCCUGCCUCGGGAGGGCAAUUCGUGAUGAAGAUGGCACCGGCAAAGUGCCGUAUUGCUCUUCAAUCAGCUGUAGAAACUGCAGAAUCCAGCACUGAUGUCAAAUGAAUUUAUCCGGGAACUAGGUAAAAUACGCACAAACUAUCUCCGGUUGAUCCCUUGGACAUAAUUGUCCUGCUGCUGCCAGCCUUAGGAAUCGUUCAGCAGCAGGCCUGGCCUGUGGUGGCUUUGCUGUGUGAAUUUGGGCUGGUUUGUUAUCUUUUAACAUUAAUGGGGUCCAUUUUAUACCAUUUUCAUAGAAAUAGUCUUCUGUUAAUCCUGUGUUUCUUAAUAGAAAGUAGUCCAUUUAUUUGUAUUUCCCAGUCUUACCUAGAAUUUUGCAUUUUAAAUGGAACAAGCAUUUAAUAAUGUGUGGAAAUGUUGGUAGAAGUCAGAAAGUAAGUUAAUGUGUAACAGUUAUAGAGUAGCUUAAAACUGUUGGGAUUUAUGUGACCAGAAAUUUUGUCAGCAGAGCUCAGCAUCUCAUCAUCUGGCUCUAAUCCACACACACACAGAAAGAAACCCAAACCCACACACUCGGAUAUGAUACUAAUAAAGUGAAAAUAACAGUAAUUUCCA